AUGUCAAACACUCAAGAAGAUAAUGCCAAUGGCCGCCGCAGUUAUGUUGACAUACCAUACGCAGAACUAGGAGCCGUGCACCCUGAUGGUGUCAUUGUCGGUCCUACUGAAAGGUACUACAAGUGCAGUGGUCAGUUUACAGCCGAUCUCAUGACAAUGGGAAUCGGCCUCAAGACGUCUGACUUUCAUGAGAUUGGCAACGUAGAGGAGGAGCCUUAUCGUUCCAUGAAGUUGAAGAAAAAGGUAACAGCCACGCAGAAGCACAUGGUGGAGGAAAUCAAGCGUCGUUGUAUUGUGGAUGGCCAUCUUGAACAACCAAAGUGCGGCCACUGGGACAAAAAGAAGUGUCUUGUCUGGCUGCAGAGGAAUCCACUCACCAAUGCAAGCGACAGGGCCUUUGUAAUUGCCGCAGAAAAGAAGCUCUAUGAUCUUGUGACAAGGGUUAAUAAGGAAAACUUGAAGGAAAAGAACAAGGGAACUGCUCCGUUGAUCACCGCAGAACCCUACAUCCGUCUGAUUGAGUGCAUGCUCAAUGACAGCAUCCGCCCACUGUUCAUGGAGAUGCACAGGAUGGGGGAAAGAGAUGAUGAAGCGCCACUGGGUGACAGCCGUGCCAAGUUGAUCAAAAUCAUUGCCAAGUGGGAGCUGAGUGGAAACGGAUUCGGCCAGCGUGGACAGGAUGAAGAUGCGUUUGGUCACUUGGGAGAGGACGAGCUCCAGUGUGGAGACAACCGAGCUAACUUCAUGGAUUCCCAGACAAAGGAACACAUCCUGUACUUGUGGCAUGUUGCCGAUGAACAAGAGAUCCUCAAGAAUGUUUUGAGUGUCAUCUCUGAUUCUUGUGCCGCGAGUUCUGAAGCUUGCUCCAGCGUGGCUGGAUCGGUGGUUACCACUGCACGCAAGAGACGAGUUGACGAACGUGCUUUGGGUUUCUUCCGUGCAAAGAUGGGUCUGGCCAUGCACACCAUGUCUCGUGCCGCCAUUUUCAAAGAACUCCGAGAGACACAGGACAAAUUGUUCGAGUCACAGGUCAAAGUCAUGGAGACCACCAGCUCCAACAUAAGUGACUUGUACAUGGGCAGGAUCAGGAUGCUCGAGGCACAAGUGAAGGCCGUUCAGGAAUGUCUUGAUUCCCUUGAUGGGGAGGAAGCAGUGAAGAAGCAGCGCCGCGAACGCCGAGCCAACAAGAAAAGGAAGACCACCGCAUCUGCCGCUGCCGCUGCCUUGGAUUCUGAUGAUACCGACUCUGAUGAUGAUGAUGAGGAAGGGUUGGCUGCUGAAAGUGGUUCCAUGGGCUAUUGAUGAGAGCGCCAUGGCCAAAAAAGAAAAAGAGUGUUGUGUUCUGUGGAAGAAGUGUUGACUGAAAUGAGUUGAUUGCCUGGAACUGUCGAC